ACUUAAUGUUGAAAACUUGCAGAUAUCUUGUCCCAGCCGACCUUACCGUGGGUCAGUUUGUCUACGUGAUCAGGAAGAGAAUUAAGCUGAGCGCUGAAAAGGCGAUCUUCAUAUUUGUUGACAAUGUCCUUCCACCCACAGGAACAAUAAUGUCUGCCAUUUACGAUGAAAAGAAAGACGAGGACGGGUUUCUCUACGUCACCUACAGCGGAGAAAACACAUUCGGUGACAACUGAUUAUGGCCAAGUGCUGCCGCCCAUUUCUUUAUCCCCAUCUCACUUUAUCCCCAUCUCACUGCCAUCAGUUUCCUCGUGCUGAACUCUGGCCUGUAUAUAUAUAUAUAGCCAUUGUGCUUAUGUGGGUAAUCCAUUCUAUGUAUAUAAUAAGCAUUCGUCGAAACCUAUGAUGCUAAUGAACAACUUGGUACAUAACAUGCAACGAUCCUCCGGUCCAGUUUAUGUACUGCUGCUGGGCUGGGUGGACAUAUCCCCGAGCUGAAGAUUAUGCAGAAUGCUUGGGUAGUUCCACUGGUGUUGGAAGUUGAUUUUUAUCCUCAA